CAGCAGUCCCUGGGCCACGGCCACACAGGCGGGCCAGGUGGGUUGCUCUUGGGAACUCGAGGUCAGGGACAGCCAGCCUGGGCAGCAGAAGUGAGCUGGGGCACACCAGGGCCACUUCUCUGAGGAGCGAGCAGGUGCCAUGGGCGCCAGGCAGCAGCUGGCCCUGCCUCUGCUGCUGCUGCUGCUGUGGGGCCUGGGGCAGUCCGUGUGGCCCGCGGCGAUGGCCCUGGCGCUGCGCUGGCGGCUGGGGGACGCUGCGUGCUGCCUGCUGCUCGGCCUGGCCGUACUCGCCUGGCCCUGGCUCGGCCCCUGGGUGCCCCACUGGCUGAGCCUGGCGGCCGCAGCUCUCACAGUAACCCUGCUGCCGGCACGACCGCCCCCGGGGCUGCGCUGGCUCCCAGCCGACGUGGCCUACGUGGCUCGGCUCAUCCGCCUGGGGCUGGGGGUGCGCGCCCGCUUGAGGCGCCGGCCUCUCGACACCUUUGUGGAUAGCUUCGAGCGACGAGCCCGAGCACAGCCGGAACGCACGGCCUUGGUGUGGACGGGACCCGGGAACCGCGCAGUGACCCUCCGCGAGCUGGACGACCGGGCCUGCAGAGCGGCGUGGGCCCUGAAGGCCGAGCUGGGCGGCUCCGCGGGCUUGCCUGCCCCGGAGCCCGCCGCCCUCCUGGUGCUGGCAUCCCAGGCCAUUCCCGCCCUGGGCUUAUGCCUGGGGCUGGCCAAGCUGGGCUGGCCGUCGGUCUGGAUCAACCCACACAGCCGUGGGGCACCGUUGGUGCACGCUGUUCUCAGCUCUGGGGCCCGAGUGCUGGUGGCUGACCCAGCGCUCAGGGAGAGCCUGGAGGAGAUCCUUCCCAAGCUGCAGGCUAAGAACAUCCGCUGCUUCUACCUCAGUCACUCCUCCCCGACGCCGGGCGUGGGGGCUCUGGAGGCUGCCAUGGACGCUGCGCCUUCGGAGCCGGUGCCUGCUGACCUCCGGGCCAAGGUCAUGCCCAAAAGCCCUGCCCUGUACAUCUACACCUCGGGGACCACAGGACUCCCAAAGCCAGCCAUCCUUACCCAGGAGCGGGUGCUGCAGAUUUGCAGGAUGAUGACCCUCUUUGGGGUCACAGGCGAGGAUGUGGUCUACGUGGUCUUGCCUCUGUACCACACAAUGGGGCUCGUCCUUGGGGUCCUCAGCUGCCUGGAGCUCGGAGCCACCUGUGUUCUGGCCCCCAAGUUCUCUGCCUCCUGCUUCUGGAAUGACUGUCAGCAGCAUGGUGUGACUGUGAUCCAGUACGUGGGCGAGGUCUUACGGUACCUGUGUAACACUCCCCAGCGGCCUGAGGACCGGACACACAAGGUCCGCCUGGCUGUGGGUAAUGGACUUCGGGCAGAUGUGUGGGAGACCUUCCAGCAGCGCUUCGGCCCCAUACGGAUCUGGGAAAUGUACGGCUCCACUGAGGGCAACACCGGCUUCAUCAACUAUUUGGGGCGAUGCGGGGCCCUGGGCAAGAUGAGCUGCCUCCUUCGAAUGCUGUGUCCCUUCGAGCUCGUGCAGUUUGACACAGUGAUCGAGGAGCCCGUAAGGAACAAUCAGGGCUUCUGUAUUCCUGUGGGACCAGGGGAGGCAGGGCUCCUGGUGACCCGGGUGACGAACCUCUCCCCCUUCCUUGGCUACCGCGGCUCCCGAGAGCUGUCGGAACAGAAGUUGGUGAGGGACGUCCGGCGCCGAGGUGACGUUUACUUUAACACCGGAGACGUGCUGGCCAUGGACCGCGAGGGCUUCCUCUACUUCCGGGACCGCCUGGGGGACACCUUCCGGUGGAAGGGGGAGAACGUCUCUACCCGGGAGGUGGAAGGCGUCUUGUCACUCAUGGACUUCUUCCAAGAGGUGAAUGUCUACGGGGUGUCUGUGCCAGGAUGUGAGGGCAAAGUGGGCAUGGCUGCUGUGCAGCUAGUCCCCGGACGGACCUUUGACGGGCAGCAGCUGUACCGGCAUGUCCGUGCCUGGCUUCCUGUCUAUGCUGUUCCCCAUUUCAUUCGUAUCCAGGAUAUCCUGGAGGUCACAAGCACUUUCAAGCUGGUAAAGUCCCGGCUGGUGCGUGAGGGCUUCAACGUGGGUGCCAUCUCUGAUCCCUUAUUUCUACUGGACGACCGGGCCCAGACCUUCCAGCCUUUGACACCAGAAACAUACCAGGCUGUGUGUGAUGGAACCUGGAGGCUCUAACCACCAUGCCAGCACAAGGACACUUGUAGGGGAAGGGGCUGAUGCUGACCACCAGCUCAUCCCAACUUCACAGGAUCAUCAUGCCAACGGCACUGGGUGGGACCUGAGGGAAGAUAAUAGACCCCAGGGCAGAAGGCUAAUAAAUUCAAAUGUGUACACAUA